GAGCAUGUUGUUGUGUUUGUGUGAAGGUGUUUCUCUGCUAUGGAUCAGUGUGAGGACAGAGAGGAGGGAGUCCCUCCCUCUAAAAGCUCUCUGUGUGGGGAACAUGACAGCCAGACCAAAGCUCAGAGGAUGCAGCAGCAGAGAGCAGACUCUCCUGAACCCAGCUGUGUGUCCAUGAAGAGUGAUGAGUCUAUGUAUAAGCCUAUUAAUUUUAAAGAUGGACAACCUGCUGAUGGAAGAGUUCAGCAGCAGAGCUCAGAGGUUCCCAGUGAUCAGUCUGCACAGCAGCAUCAAACACAGCUGGACUCCAUAUUUAUGCUGCUGGAGGAGAACAUCGUCACUUUUGUGAAGAACGAGCUGAAGAGAUUUCUGAAUAUCACAGUGCACUUCCUGAGGAGAAUGAAGCAGGAGGAGCUGGCUGAGCGUCUGCAGAGCAGUUGUCAGUUUAGACUCAAGUCUAACCUGCAGAAGAAGUUCCAGUGUGUGUUUGAGGGGAUCGCUAAAGCAGGAAACCCAACCCUUCUGAAUCAGAUCUACACACCGCUCUACAUCACAGAGGGAGGGACUGCAGAGGUCAAUGCUGAACAUGAGAUCAGACAGAUUGAAACAGCAUCCAGGAAACCAGACAGACCAGAAACAACAAUCAGACAUGAAGACACCUUUAAAGCCUCACCUGGAAGAGAUGAACCAAUCAGAACAGUGAUGACAAAGGGAGUGGCUGGCAUUGGGAAAACAGUCUUAACACAGAAGUUCACUCUGGACUGGGCUGAAGAUAAAGCCAACCAGGACAUACACUUCACAUUUCCAUUCACUUUCAGAGAGCUGAAUGUGCUGAAAGAGAAAAAGUGCAGCUUGGUGGAACUUGUUCAUCACUUCUUUACUGAAACCAAAGAAGCAGGAAUCUGCAGGUUUGAAGAGUUCCAGGUUGUGUUCAUCUUUGACGGUCUGGAUGAGUGUCGACUUCCUCUGGACUUCCACAACACUGAGAUCCUGACUGAUGUUACAGAGUCCACCUCAGUGGAUGUGCUGCUGACAAACCUCAUCAGGGGGAAACUGCUUCCCUCUGCUCGCCUCUGGAUAACCACACGACCUGCAGCAGCCAAUCAGAUCCCUCCUGAGUGUGUAGACAUGGUCACAGAGGUCAGAGGGUUCACUGACCCACAGAAGGAGGAGUACUUCAGUAAGAGAUUCAGAGAUGAGGAGCAGGCCAGCACCAUCAUCUCCCACAUCAAUACAUCACGACGCCUCCACAUCAUGUGCCACAUCCCAGUCUUCUGCUGGAUCACUGCUACAGUUCUGGAGGAUAUGUUGAAAAGCAGAGAUGGAGGAGAGCUGCCCAAGACCCUUACUGAAAUGUACAUCCACUUCCUGGUGCUUCAGUCCAAACUGAAGAACAUCAAGUAUGAUGGAGGAACUGAGACAGAUCCACACUGGAGUCCAGAGAGCAGGAAGAUGAUUGAGUCUCUGGGAAAACUGGCUUUUGAGCAGCUGCAGAAAGGCAACCUGAUCUUCUAUGAAUCAGACCUGACAGAGUGUGGCAUCGAUAUCAGAGUAGCCUCAGUGUGCUCAGGAGUGUUCACACAGGUCUUUAAAGAGGAGAGAGGGCUGUACCAGGACAAGGUGUUCUGCUUCGUCCAUCUGAGCGUUCAGGAGUUUCUGGCUGCUCUUCAUGUCCAUCUGACAUUCAUCAAGUCUGGAGUCAAUCUGCUGGAAGAAGAACAAACAACAUCGCAGACACGUUUCUACCAGAGUGCUGUGGACGAGGCCUUAAAGAGUCCAAAUGGACACCUGGACUUGUUCCUCCGCUUCCUCCUGGGUUUUUCACUGCAGACCAAUCAGACUCUCCUACGAGGUCUGCUGACACAGACAGGAAGUAGCUCACAGACCAAUCAGGAAACAGUCCAGUACAUCAAGAAGAAGAUCAGUGAGAAUCUGUCUGCAGAGAGAAGCAUCAAUCUGUUCCACUGUCUGAAUGAACUGAAUGAUCGUUCUCUAGAGGAGAAUAUCCAACAGUCCCUGAUAUCAGGAAGUCUCUCCACAGAUAAACUGUCUCCUGCUCAGUGGUCAGCUCUGGUCUUCAUCUUACUGUCAUCAGAAAAAGAUCUGGACGUGUUUGACCUGAAGAAAUACUCUGCUUCAGAGGAGGCUCUUCUGAGGCUGCUGCCAGUGGUCAAAACCUCCAACAAAGCUCUGUAG